AUGGCUCGCAUCAUCAUCUACAAUACCACCAUCCUAACCCUAGAUGACAACGACAACUUCUACUAUCCGGGAACAGUGGAGAUAGAGGAUGAUUGUAUCACCAAAGUCUACGGCGGCAACCCCAGCGAGGAACUCCUAAAUGACUCAUUUGUUACACUCCUAGAUGGCACCGACAAGUUGGUGAUGCCGGGGUUCGUCGACUUGCAUUUCCACACCUCAGUGGCAAAGGGAUUUGGAGAUGAACUCCCCCUCAAGGAGUAUUUAGACGAGGUCUGGUAUCCAAGCGUCCGAGCCUUGAACAAGGAGCGAGCUUUUACUGCAGCGAUGCACUCGUACUGCACGGCGAUCAAGUCUGGGACCACGACCGUCAACGACAUGUACCGGUUCGUGGGGUCACUUGCCGAUGCAGCCAGUAAAAUCGGCAUCAGGGCUGUUCUCAGCAAUGAAGUAGCUCUUGCAGAGCACAAGCUCGACUUGAUUGAAGACAACGAAGCGUCCUUUCUGGAAAAUGACGGCAGAGAGUCUGGUCGCAUUAAAGUCUGGAUGGGCCAUGAAUGGAUGUGCACUUCGAAUCUCGACUUGAUGGCCCAGGUAGGCCAGAUGAAGAAAAAGCUGGGCACAGGCUUGCAUAUCCACCUUUGCGAAUCUGAGCAGGAGGUAGAGGAUACUCGAGCGAAAUACGGAAAGACGCCCAUGGAGAUUGCCUACGAAUCUGGCUGCUUAGGCCCCGACACAGUGGCAGCGCAUUGUGUGCAUCUCACUGACAAUGACAUUGCGUUGCUUGCAAAGUCCGGUACGUCGGUGUCUUAUGACCCCGGCUCCAACGCAAAGCUAGGAAAUGGCAUUGCUCGACUUCAAGAUCUGCACGCUGCCGGUGUCAAUGUUGGAAUGGGAAUCGACGCUUUCGAAUGUGAGAACAGCCCGGACAUGUUCGAGCUCAUGAAGUUCGGCUCGCUCAUCCAACGAGCCUUGCACAAGGAUGCAUCGCUCGGAAAACCCCAGCACAUUCUACGCAUGGCAACCAAAAACGGCGCGCAGGCCCUCGGUAUCAAUGCAGGGGCUGUUCAGCCAGGAAAGAAGGCCGAUGUCAUCGUGGUAGACUUGACCAAGAACCAGAUGUUCACUCCGCUCUUGAAAGACCCCAAAAAGCGCAAGACAAUGUUGGAGAGCCAUCUGGUGUUCGGCUGCAAUGGGUCUGCAGUUCAACAUUCCAUCAUCGAUGGUAGACUGGUUAUGAAGGAUUUCCACGUAUUGGCUGUGGACGAAGAAGCAUUGCGCAAGGAAAUGGACGCGAUGUUCGAGGUCAUUUCAGAAGAAAUGAAGAGUCUAAGGGUAGAAGGUCUUACAGAAUAA